AAACUGUGAUCAAGGGGAAUUCCUAGAAGUCACAUGUUCUGUUAAAUUGAAAGGAAAAAACAGAUUUGGAAGACUUUAAAACUGUAGAUAGGUUCACAUUCUGGCAUCGGGUGGCAGGCUUUGUCCAGCAAAGUUAUGGGUUCUUCGUCUUCAAAAACAGCUACUCCAUCUCCAUUUCUUGAAAACCCAUGGAGGCAAAUUAACUAUGGCAGAGAGAACCCAACUGAUCAGCAUUUUGUGGAGAACUACAAACCUCAGGUUGAAGAACAACAUCUUAGGAUCCUCCUUCAUGGUCCAGUUGGAGCUGGAAAAUCUAGUUUCAUCAAUUCUGUAAACAGUGUCUUACAAAAGAGAGUAUGUUGCGAGGCUUUGGUGGCUAACUUUUGUGACUGUUUCACCAAAAAGUAUGCAACCUACAAGAUCAAAAAGGGAAAUACCUUUUACCCCUUUGUCUUAAAUGACAUGAUGGGGUUGAAAGACACAACCAGCAGAAGAAACAGAAGGAUUCAUGUGAAAGAUGUCAAACAGGCGCUGAAGGGCCACAUAAAAGAUGGUUACACGUUCAACGCUGAAAAUAAACUGUCAAAAGGCGAAAGAUACUACAACAGAGCUCCAACUGAGAACGACAAAGUGCAUGUUUUGGUUUGUGUUGUUGAUGCCAACACUGUAUCUCUGAUGAGCGAUUCCACUGUGGAAGCAAUACAGGACGUCAGAGAUGAAGCCACUGAGCUGGAGAUUCCACAAGUGGCAAUUUUCACCAAAAUUGACGAGGCUUUUCCUGAGAUAAAUCAAGAUGUGAAAAAUGUCUACAAGAGCAAAUCUCUGCAGGAAAGGAUUCAGCAGUUCAGCAAACGUGUGGGCAUUCCUAUUAACUGUAUUUUUCCAGUGAAGAACUACCACUCAGAAACAGAACUGAAUCCUGACAUUGAUGCUAUAAUAAUGAACGCCAUGAGACGCAUCAUUGAAAUUGGAAAUGACUCCCUCAACAGAAAGUUAAGAUCCCAGACCUAGACAUCCACUGUACUGAAAGUGUGGUUUUGGUUCAAGUGUUAAAACCAUCACAAUAAUUGUAUGUGUUACUGUCAAUGGAAAAUUGUACUUAGUAGUCAGUAUAAUCUUUUGAAUGAUAUAAGUCUGCAUAUGCUUAGAAUACUGCAUGUUGACCUUUUGAUGACUCGGACUGUUGUUUGUUAUAAGACUUGUUCUGUGUUCUGUUAUCAUGCAGGAAAGGAAAAGUUUCUUCUAGCAAUAAUAAGAGCUGAACAAGUAGUUUCACUUCCUACCAGGAACAGGAGCCGCUUCCCACAGAAACUCACACACACACCCACAUACGCACAUGCUUACGCACCAACAUUCUACUGAUAUGAACAAACGUACUCACUGUUGUAUUACCCUUGUAUAUAAAUAAAGACAAGAGCAAGAACAGAGCGCGAAAUCACAGGGCCCCCACUCUCGUGUGAGCACUCUGUGACUGGCCUUGCAAGUAAA